CAGCAAGCCGUGUGCUUUCAGGUGCCCUGUACUCGUUGUUAUUUGUUUGUUUGGGUUUUUUUUGGGGGGGGCUUCUUUGUGAAGCUUAGUUUUUAAGAUGACUGUGUAAAACCGUAUGUAAAAGCUUGCUGGCUGUGCGCAGUCACAGGCGGUGUUGGGAGCUGUGUGUUUCCAGCCUGACCUAUUCAACGGGAGCGUUAAGAGCUUUAGUCACAGAGCCCUGGGUUCGGCAGGUCCUUGCCUUAAUGGUCUGUGGCUGCAUCUGUGGCCAGAAAUCCCUUCCUGAGGGAAGAGGCAGAGAAGGCCCGUAUGGAAAAUUAAUGUAGUCAGUGUAAUUUGAAUCUGCUUUGGUCCCUGGAUGGGUGCUAGGUGGUUGGAUGUGGGUGGUUGCCCCCAUGACUCUGUCUUUGUAGCUGUUCUGCGUCUCUCAAGGUUGCUGGCUGAGAGAACUGAAGAUUAACGUGGAGGUUCAGUAAACUCUUUCAUCUCGUUAGCUCAAAUCGGAUCUUAGUAUUUGAUGUGCAGAUAACAUGGUAAAAAACCCAACCAUAUUUUUAAAGCUCCAAAGGCUGAAGUUCUCUGUUUGUGAAGGAGAAGAAAUAACAGUGGUGACACAAAUGCAGGAUAGGUGGUGAUGUAGGUGGUUGCUUCAUUUGAAGUAUUUCCAACUAGCGCAAAAGCACUGAAGGUCAGUCUGCACUGCUGCCACCCUGUGACUCGCCUGGGGGUAGCCCACGCGGUGGGUCUGUGCUAACUCACCAGCUAGUCCGCCUGGAAGACACAGCAAGGAUUUUUCUUGCUACCACCUAGUGCAGAAACCACUCUGAUGACAUACAGCUGGAAAAUUCCAGAGCACAUUUCUGGGCUCCCCUGUUGUCUGCUUAUCAAAGUACCUGCACAGAUAAUAAAAGGGGCUCCAAAACAACUUGUCAAAGCGUAUUUCUCCAGAGUGAUGGUUUGUAACAUUGUUUUGGGCUUAAACAGGAUCCUCUGUACCUCUAACCCCUUUAUUUUCAUCUUCCCCUUGGAAAAAGGAAAGGAGCUUUCAGGGAAAUAUGUCGUGGAUCAGAGAGGGCGAGCUGACCAUCAUAGAGAGAUUUUGUGCCAACAUCAUUAAGGCAGGUCCAAUGCCAAAGCAUGUUGCCUUCAUCAUGGAUGGCAAUCGCCGUUAUGCCCAAAAGUGUCAUGUGGAGAGACAGCAGGGACAUUCGCAGGGCUUUGAUAAGCUGGCACAGACACUACGGUGGUGCUUAAAUCUGGGCAUUCGGGAGGUCACUGUUUAUGCCUUUAGUAUUGAGAACUUUAAACGCUCCAAGGAGGAGGUGGAUGGGCUAAUGGAUCUGGCAAGACAGAAAUUUAGCCGCCUACUGGAAGAACAGGAGAGCUUGAAGAAGCAUGGUGUGUGUAUCCGUGUCCUUGGGGACCUGCCCCUUCUGCCCUUGGAUAUUCAGGAGCUGAUUGCCCAAGCUGUGCUGGCAACUAGGAACUAUAACAAAUGCUUUCUAAAUGUCUGCUUUGCGUACACAUCGAGACAUGAAAUCAGCAACGCUGUCAGGGAGAUGGCAUGGGGGGUGGAACAAGGACUGCUCGAACCCAGUGAUGUGUCUGAAUCGUUGCUUGAUAAGUGUCUGUACACCAACAACUCCCCCGAUCCAGACCUUCUGAUUCGAACCUCUGGAGAGGUUCGGUUGAGUGAUUUCUUGCUCUGGCAGACAUCCCAUUCAUGCCUGGUGUUUCAGUCAGUCUUGUGGCCAGAAUAUUCCUUUUGGAACUUGUGUGAGGCUAUCCUUCGGUUCCAGAUGAACUACAGUGCUUUACAGAAGGCCAGAGACUCCUACAUGGAGGAAAGGAGGCGACAACAGAUGGAAAGGGAUCAGGCUUACGUGACAAAGAAGCUGCAGCAGGAGGGGUUUGUGUCCCACGGAGACUCUCGGCGCCGACAGACACUGUUGCAGAAAUGCACCGCCAUGCGGGAAGAGAGAAUCCAGGGCUUUCUCCAGGCACUAGAGCACAAGAGAGCGGACUUCUUUGAAAGAUUGUGUACGGUGUCUGCAUGACAUAGGUGCUGGGUUGUCUUGGGAAGACAGUUUUUAAGUGUUAGAGGGAACAGCUGCUGCCCAGAUGAAUUCACUCGGUGUGGUUCUGCCGUGGGGAUGCAGGGCUGCUGUAGGACUUUAUGUCCCCACUGGACACGCCUGAGGGCAGGGACGGAGUUCUGUGGACCCUUCUAGCUCCGUGAAUGCUGCCGAGGAAGGCAAUGCCGUCCUUCAGUCUCGCCUCCCUGCCCCGACCAUGGAGAACACGCACAUCCCGCCAUAUCUCUGCUGCUUGGUACCUUACAGGCCUGGAUGUUUCGGUGACAAGAAGUUAACUAAAAUGAGCCUCCAGUUUUGUUUGACUCCUCGUGAGCUGGCCCAGGCAAACCAAUUCAGGCCUGUUAAAUCAGUCUGGGCUUCAAUUCUUUCCAUGGCUUUGCAGUAGUGAAUCUUCUGUUGAGAUUUCCACUGCUGUCCCAUAAGGGAAGCCUUGCCUUCCGCAGGGAGAGGAAUUAUUCCUGGUGUAGAAGAGAGCCCCGUGCCAAGUGGUGGCAGAGAUAUUCCCCACUGCCUACUUCAAGCACCUUGUCCUUUCCCCACCUUAUUGGGCUGGUUUUGAUGUAUUUGCUCAUGGAAGAGCUAAAGCGAGGUGUUGUCAGCCUUGCUGUAAAGGAGGAGAGGGGGGGAAAAAAUACUCCAAAGCUUCACCAGAUCUUAUGAUCCCUUCUGAGCAGUGUUUGUGGGGAAAACCCACAUGCUGAAGAUGCUGCUGUUGGAACAGUCUAGAGGCUCUGAGCAGGCGAGCAAAAAGGAUUGGUUGGGAAUUAACUUCAUGGCUUAAAAAGAAAGAGAAGUUAGCUAAACCCAGGUGAUGGAUACAGUUUGCCAAAUCCCUCUGAGACCUCUCUAGAGCUAUGACUUAACGUGCUGUUUCCAGGGAAUGAGGGUGGGCUUAGUUUGGGAAUACAGUAGCCGAAACCAACCCCUGACCCCAGCCAAAAUGGUUGAGAAGGGCCAUUUAGCUGGUUGUGGUGGGGGUGGCCAGAGGAGCUGUGGAGUGUUCUCAGUUUUCCAUCGGCAGGGAGGUGGACUAGCUAACUUCCAAGAUUGUUUCCAUCUCUGAUUUCUCCUGCUUUCCGUCCCCAUGGUCAAAAUGACAGAAAAUGUCUUGAUUUUUGUUUCCAAUGCACACACAGGUGCAGCAGUACCAGCUGUCGCUGGGUUUGAAAUGUUCCUUUUUACCUCCAGGUGAAAAAGAGAAAAUGCAGAUUUAAAAUGCUUGUAAGUGCUGCCAACUCAGCACUUUGAAUGUGAUUGUGAAGAGGAUAACUACCAUGUCAAAUUGUGAAUAAAGCAUAUUCAUACCAAACUUA